CUGUCAGCGAGCUAACCCUUCCCAAAAAUGGCGAAAAGAAAGGCAGAAAACAGGAGCUUUCUGGACAAGUGGGAGGCAGAAUAUCUGUUUACAUAUGUAAAAGACAAACCUGUUUGUCUUGUUUGUGGAGUCAACGUGGCUGUAAGUAAGGUGUACAACAUUAGACGACACUAUGAAACAAAACACCAUGACAAAUACAAGGACCUGGACAUGACUCAAAGGAGCCAGAAAGUAGAGGAGAUGAAAAGAAGUUUGGUUUCACAACAGAAUAUGUUUAAAAAAGCCACAUCACAAAGCGAGGCUGCUGUAAAGGCUAGUUAUAUAGUGGCAGCAGAGAUCGCAAAAUCAGCCCGGCCCUUUAAUGAGGGAGAGUUCCUGAGCAGGAACACAGUAGCUAAUCGCACAUGUGAUCUUGCCACCAAUCUGUAUGACCAGCUGAUGGAAAAGGGAAAAGAUUUUGUUGCGUUCUCCCUCGCUGUGGAUGAGAGCUGCGACGCAUCUGAUACUGCUCAGCUGUCAGUCUUCAUCCGUGGAGUGGACUCAAAUCUGUGUGUUACGGAGGAGCUAUUAGGAUUCAAAUCAAUGCAUGGCACAACCACAGGAAAGGAAAUCUUUGAGGAGGUUUCCAAAUGUGUAACUGAAAUAAAGCUGCUGUGGGAUAAACUCGUUGGAUUAACGACAGAUGGUGCGCCAGCGAUGUGCGGUAAAAAGAGUGGACUGGUGGGCAUGGUUCGGGAGAAGAUGCGGGAAGAGAACUGUGCAGGUGAGCUAACUGUUUACCACUGCAUCAUACAUCAGGAAGCACUGUGUGCCAAAUCCCUAAAGAUGGAACAUGUUAUGACCACAGUAACACAGGUAGUUAACUUUAUAAGAGCCAAAGGUCUAAAUCACCGCCAGUUUAAAUCUUUUCUGGAGGAAUGUGGUUCGGAAUACGCAGACGUGCCGUAUCACACAGAGGUGAGAUGGCUAAGCAGAGGAAAAGUACUGAACAGAUGUUUCGAGCUGCGUGAGGAAAUAUGUCAAUUCCUGGAAACCAAAGGGAAGGAUGCAGCAGAGCUCCGGGAGCAAAAGUUCCUGUGUGAGCUGGCCUUUCUCUGUGACAUCUCGAGCCAUCUCGAUGCGCUGAACCUGCAGCUUCAGGGGCGGGGGCGCAUCAUCACAGACAUGUACGCUGCAGUGAGGGCCUUCAAAACUAAACUGUGCCUGUGGGAGAAUCAGAUGCUGCAAGGAAACCCUUGCCAUUUUCCCUGCUGCCAAUCCAUAAAAGCACAGAUCUCUACCGCCGUGUUCCCAUGCGCGCAGUUUGCUGAAAAACUCAGUGUUCUCGCCGCUGAGUUUAGCCGGCGAUUUGCCGACUUCGAUGCCCAGAAAUGCAAGUUUGAACUGCUUAGUAAUCCCUUCGCAGUUGAUGUGGAAAAUGCACCAACCAACAUCCAAAUGGAGCUGAUUGAACUCCAGUGCAACGACACGCUGAAGUCAAAGUAUGAUGCUGUGGGCACCGCACAGUUUCCACGGUUCAUCCCUGACACAAUGCCUCAGCUCCGCACCCAAGCUGCUCAGAUGCUCUCCAUGUUCGGCAGCACUUAUCUAUGCGAGCAACUUUUCUCCUCGAUGAAGAUGACCAAAACAACUCACAGGAGACGUCUGACUGAUGAACAUCUUCGCUCGAUACUGAGGAUUUCUUCAGCUCAGAGCUUGAGCCCAGACAUUGAUGAACUAGCAUCCAAGAAGAGAUGCCAGGUAUCUGGCUUGGGCACAUCAGAUUAGACCAGUGUGCAAUAAUUAACGUUUUCUUUAUGCACUUUUUCUUGCUACAAGGCAUGGGCUUGAAUGGUUGAUUGAUUUAUUAUAAUUUUAUUUGUAAAAUUAUUAGCCAGUGGAAAAAGUUUAUUUUGGUAUUUAAAUCAGAAGGCUGCAAAUAGAAAAGAGGCA